GACAUCUCGCGAGAUCGUUUAAUCCUUGAUGGUCGGGCUCCUAACACACACGAGUUGCCUCUCAGCAGUUGGACCCAAGCCCUGGCAUGCGCGGAGAAGGUCGGCCAGAUAUUCCUGGAAGACGACGAGAAGCUGAUCGCUUCAGGCCGGGAUCUUCGAGACUUCUUUUACCAGUUCAAAGUAAGUCGUGAGAGGACGGCCCGCAAUUGCUUGGCGGGUGCUCUUUGCCAUGAUGACCUUCGCCUUAUUUUUGGUGAUGUGCCUAAUCUUCCCGUGUUUCGUCUCGAGGAGCUCAAUACCUUGAACACUCCAGUCCCUAGAUCUCCCGUGCACAUUGGGGUUAUCAUUGACGACCUGAUUGUGCUCGAGAGGAUCGCCAUUGGGACCAAUGUGGCUGGGGAACUGAGGCAGCAGACUGAGAGUGAUGUUCGGAUGUCGCGAGCUGACAAAGCUUACGAAGGUGCCCAGCUGCUCACCAACGCUAGCAAGGCUUUUCAGUGCGAGGAGAGUGCAAAGUUCUGGGGGAUUGAGCUUGAUGGUGUGAAAGGCGUCGUGCGGCCGGCUCGAGCUCGACUGUGGGCCCUCAUCGCCGUGACAGUGAGGGUAGCCUGCCUGGGAUUCGGGACCGUGGGGUUGCUAAAAGCUCUGUGCGGGUCCUGGACAUCGAUCGCCUUGCUGCGAAGGCGGAUGCUAUCGGUUAUCAACCUCUUGUUUGCAGCCGCUGACGCAGGAGACCCCAAUGACAUUGUGAAGUUUUCGGGUGAACUCAAAUCUGAACUUUGGGCUCUUGCUCUCAUAGGACCCGCCAUUGCAAUCGACAUUCGCGCCAAGCCUGCGGAUUACAUCAUCGCUACUGAUGCUUCUUCGUGGGGAGGUGCAGCGGGGGAUUUCCUCGUGCCGAAUGAACUGGCCUCGGUCCUGGCUACCAGCUUAGUGUACCACGAGCGCUGGCGAAAGGGGUUCCGGAGGGCUGAGCACAUCAACUGUAAGGAACUCCGAGCGUACCUACUCGAGGAAUACUAUGUGGCGCGGAACGAGGCGAGCAUCAGGCUGCUGGCGGGUAUCGAUUCGCAAGUAGCCCUCGGCUCCCUUUGCAAGGGGCGGGCGUCUUCUGAAGCCUUGAAUCGCCAUCUCAGUGCUUCGUUAGGGCCUUAUCUAGGCGCUGGGAUUUACCCGCAUUACAUGUACUUCUUGAGUGCGGAGAACCCGUCUGACGGACCUACCCGCGGUAAGCCCCCACCUCCACCUUCGAGGCCGAAGCCUAUGUGGUGGUCCAGUUUGUCAUCCGGAGACUAUGGCGAGUUCGAUGCUUGGAUUGCUCGCCUCCCAGGAAGCAAGCCUGGGCCCGAUUUCAGUCAUCUGAGGCCGAAGGUUGUGGUUGAUACCACCAGUGGAGCUGGCGCCCGUGCCGAACUUAGGGGCGCCUACGCUGCGCACGGAGCUGAUGUAUGCCCGGCUCCAACAUUGGCAACGAGCGGAAGCACAGUUGAACGAGACUGGGAUUUAUUCGGCGUUCCAGGCUUGCAGUUUCAAUGGGGAGGCAAGGGUUCCAGGCCCGAUUGGAACCGCGGUGGCGCACUGGACCUUUUCUCUGGGAGCAGGGGCUUAACCCGCGCAUUGCUUCGGAACGGAGCCCCAUGGGUUAUCACCUACGACAUCCGCGACAGCCCGGACCAGGACCUCCUUGACCCAUGCGUGCGCCAAACAGUUGAGGACUUGGUUACCUCAGGGCGCGUGCGGGGCGUCGGCAUGUCGCCGCCUGGCUGCUCGUUCUCUGCUGCAGUGACCCCUCGAAUCAGGAACGUCCGACAUCCCUGUGUGACAUGUGCUAUUUUGGAACGCCCUGGAGGAAAAGAACUCGUGUGGCUACCAACCUCCAGCUUCGGGGACAGCGCGAUUGCGGUUGCCGUGCGAGAAGACGGUGCUUGGGAUCUGGAUCCUAGCCGGCGCCGACUGGACAUUCCUGGAUGUGCUCGAGCUCUGGGCUAUCGAAUUGGAGAAGCCAAGAAGCCCGGGCCCCGCCGCAGGAUCUCAAAGCGAACCGGCAGCCUGGACUCGCAACCUCUGCAAACUGCUGCCACGCUACAGUAUGAAGACCGCCUCUGGGCUCUCUUCUUGUCCUGGAGCUCGGUCUGUCUGUCCGAUCCUUGUCUUGUCUUCUCCUUGUAUCCCGCCCUCGCCGCCAUGGCACUGCGAGAAUUUAGGAACUACAGCUACUGUGCCGGUCGGACCCUCAGCAGCUACAGGCACACCAUCAUCGCGGUCCAACGCAGAGUCUUUGGCGCCAAACCUUUCCUGAACCUGGCCUGGGAAAUGGUAUCGAGGUGGGAGGCCAUCGAGCCACCGACUCACAGAUGCCCGAUCCCUGAGCCGAUGGUGAAGGCCAUGUGCUUCCUGGGGCGACAAUGGGGGCUGCCGAGAUGGUGCGGCAUCACUCUAUUGGCCUUCUAUGGCCUGGCCCGGAUCGGUGAGGUCAUGAAAUGUACCAAAGCGGACUUGCUUUUACCUUCGGACCUCAUGGAAGACGUGGGCUGCGUGGCCUACUUGAACUUCAGGGAGUCGAAGACUGCGCUUAGGGGACGCCCCAAAGUCCAACACACUAAAGUUGUGGACCCCGCUGCUGUGUCUUGGCUCAUCGAUGUGUUCAGUGAGCUGCAGCCGCACGACCUCCUCUGGCCUGCGUCACCGGCCGCUUACAGAUAUGGAUGGGAUAAGCUGUUGCGCCACCUGGGAGUGGGGCCUGAGCUAGGGCUCACCCCAGGGGGCCUUCGCGGCGGUGGCGCUGUCCAACGGUACCGUGCCGGUCAUUCUCCCACGGAUCUGCAAUGGACAAUGCGGUUAAAACAUCUGGGGACUCUGGAGCACUACUUGCAGGAGCUGGCGGCUGUUACGGCCUUGACACAAGUUGAUUCCUCAAGCCGAAGCCGUAUCCGGACUGCUGCCAAGCUCUUCGAGGCCCUAUCUGACCAGCUCGCCAGCUCAUGA